AUGUCACAAGACGGCCAUGAAACCGCGGAAGCCAUCCAGGAUGCGAAGGAUGCGAGCCCAAGCGUCACCGUAAGCACCGAGCCCUUGUCGGCAAACUUAGACGUCGCAGAGCCCGAGGCAGUCACUUCGCCCCUCGAUUCCUUACUGUCCCCGAAGAUACCCUCCUUCCCCGAAAAUCAACCUGCAGAAUCGAUCAGGGACUCGACCAACGAAUCCACAUUCACCGACGAUGACUUACGCUUCUCGACUGUCACCCUCUCUAGGCGCUCAAGCACCAGGUCACUUGUCAUCACAUCGCCGCCACCUCAGAGCCCUGAGGUCGAUCGCGCCGUGUCGCAGGCAUCAAUACCAAGACGGAGUAUACCAAAGCACCCCACACACAAGAAGUCAGCAUCAGCCGCGACGGUCAAUAUCCAGACGCCAGAACUGUCUUCGUCCGUGUUUGAUCAGGUCGGUGUCGUUCAGCGAUACCAGGACGAGCACGAUGUCGAUAAGCUACGCGCCAACACAGAAGGUCAGAAUCAGAUACGCGUAGAAUUCGAGCGUCUACACAGGGAGAGGCGGAAGACGACGGAUUCUGGACGCGACUUGGCAGUCGACUGGGACUUCUGGGGAGAGGUCAUAUCAGAUUAUCAGGCAUUUGCGGCUUCAAAGCCUGUACAGUUGGCGAAAUCGAUUGAGAUGGGCAUACCCGCCACUCUACGUGGCAUGAUGUGGCAGUUAAUGGCAGGAUCGAAAGAUGCAAAACUCGAGGCGACUUACUUGGGUUUAUUGAAGGAGAGAAGUCCACAUGAGAAGGCCAUCACGCGAGACUUGGGGCGUACAUUCCCUCACCAUGAGUUUUUCACCGAUGGACAAGGCAUCGGCCAAGAGAACCUGUUCAACGUUCUCAAAGCAUACUCACUGUACGACCCUCAAGUUGGCUACUGUCAAGGCCUCCCAUUUAUCGUCGCCAUCCUGCUGCUUAACAUGCCGGAUGAAGAGGCAUUCUCCUUACUCGUCAGGUUCAUGCAAUCCUAUAAUCUACGAGGACACUUCUUACCUGAGAUGCCCACACUCCAAUUACGGCUAACUUUCACCCAGUUUGACCGUCUCAUAGAAGAUAUCCUUCCUGCACUACACCUGCACUUUCUCCGUCAGGGCAUUAAGUCCAGCAUGUACUGCUCGCAGUGGUUCUUGACGCUAUUUAGCUAUCGCUUCCCUCUAGAUGUUGUCUUUCGGAUAUAUGACAAUUGCCUCGCGAGUGGCAUCGACGCUAUCUUUGCCUUCGGCAUCGUUCUUCUGCAGAAGAAUGAGGAUGCUCUCCUUGCGCUGAAGUUUGAUGACAUAUUGGCCUUCCUCAAAAACCGGGUCUUUGAUCAAUACCAGGUGCGCUCGGGCGAGGCACACGAUGACGCUCACAAGGCUACAUACAAUGCGGACGCGUUUGUCACGGAUGCCAUUUCACUGAAGAUCACGCCAUUCAUGCUUCAGGCGUACGCACACGAGUACGAGGAUUUGGUUCGGACACGCGAUGCGCAUGCAACCGAAAUGGAUGGAUUACGGAACCAAAACCGCACGUUGAUGGCUCACGUGAAACAGCUAGACGAUGAUCUCGCACAACUCAACUCGGAACAUGUUGAAGUUCUUAACCAACUGGUUAUGGCACGGCUCAAAAAUGAAGAAAUGGAAGAGGAGCUCGUCCGCUAUAAGCUAUUGUACGCGGAAGCAAUGCAUGAAAGUGCAGACGCCAUGUCGUCGCAUCGCCUCUCAUCCCCAAUGCCCCAGAUUAAUAAAAGGACGUCAUGA